GUCUGGCGCGCGAAAAUGGCGAAAAGAGAACCGAAGGUAUCUAAAGGGUCGUCUAAAGGCUGUUGUGCGGUAGGAUGUCGGAACAAACAGACGAAGCAGGCGCCUGUAUCUUUUUUUCGGUUUCCGAAGGAUCCUGCGAGACGGGAGGCAUGGAAGCGCAGCGUGGGGCGUGCCGGAUGGACACCGUCGGAUGGGUCGGUUUUGUGCUCUGACCACUUCACGGCCGACUCUGUUGACUGUCAAAAGUUCCGUUCUGCGUUCGGGAUGCCAGCGAUGAUGCCGAGACUCAAGCCAGAUGCGGUGCCAACGCUGUUCGGCAUUUGUCAAGCUCCGUCAACGAUACUGCGCGACGAAGAGCGGAGAGAGACGGAUCAAAGGCCGCCAAGCACGGCAUCCAAGUACCUGCAAGUGGCACUGAAACCCUGGUCUAGAGAGGCGAAAGUCCAGACUGUACCAGGAGGCGGCAUACACAUCGCUACGCAGACAACCUGUUCCAUGGCCAACCCGGUCUGCACCUCCUCACGGACUCGUGCCACAGCAAAGCUAUGUUGGUGCAGCGGGCAGGUGUGCGGAUCUGCGGCCCGCACCAGGCCACACACCCGUCUGCUCGGCUCAGCACAUGCUCGUCGACACAGAUGAAAGGGCGACCGUCGACAAAGCAGACGCACCUUACGUUUUCCCGGUUGGGGACGAAAGCACAGACACAAUCGCCCAGUGCGAAAGCCUCAUCUCUGGACGACCUCGUGCCUCGUCUGCCUCAAAAGCAUUCCUCCCCGGGUACGUGUGUCUGGGACGUCGGUUCAGCCGGGUACGACUAGAGCCGCCAGAAAGCUGCAGUUCAGAGUGACAACACCAGUGUUGCCAUCUUUUUUUUGCACGCUCCGCUAAAUUGAGACCAGGAAGUCGCUAAACUAUUCGCUGAAUUCCAAAAAGCUUAUUAAACCCUUUUAAAGUAA